CCGAAUCCCGGAUGAGUCGUUCUUCAUCGCUUGCAUCUUCUACACAAUGCUUUUCCAAAGUCUCGUUACAUACGUUGCCCUCACACUCCUUACUACUGUGUAUGCCUCACCCAUUCCUGUCGAGCAGUUGAACAACCGUGGAAUCGAAAUUAGCCGAGAAGUCGAAGUGAUUGGCCGUGGCAGUGAUUGGCGGCGCGAUGGCCUUGACAGUGCAGUCAUUGAAUUGAAACGCGCAGGCACCGACGGUCGUGACUGGAGGAGGGCGGAGGAAAAUGUAUCUCCUCCUUGGAAGAGGGCGGAGGAAAACGCAUCUCCUCCUUGGAAGAGGGCGGCAGAGGCCGAAGCUGGUCCUCCUGGAGGUGCUCCAGGAUGGUAGAUACAAGAGUCGCUAUAUAUCCGUCACCCCCCUACUAUACCUGUUCAUGCACACAUUUCUUGCCUCCAUAUUUCCCAGAUUGUUCUUGCUCUGUAUUACCCAUACUUUAUUUGACUUUGAGUUUUGAACAAUUAUACCAACCUGUUAUUAAACAUAUUCUUGCUUU